GCAGGAAGAGUUGAAAUCCGUCCAAGGUCUCCAACCGGCUUCGAGAUACUGCAAAGAGGUUACAGAUUUUGUGAUGGCAAAAUCUGAUCCUCUAACACCUACAAGCCGGAAGAAUCGAAAGUCAUGUCGGUUUUGGAAGUGGCUUUGCCAAAUUCCCUGCUUUAACUUGUCAUGGAUCUGCUGUUGCUGCUAUUCCGGGUGCUCUUCCCAUCUGAAGUGUUCGCAAUGCUGUGACAGUGAUUUAUGCAACUGCGGCUCAUGCAUUUGCAACUUAUGUAAAUUCAGGCCCUGCAAAUGCACCUCAUUUGACCCGAGUUCAUGCAAGUGCCGCUCAUUGGACUGCUGCUCCUGUAAAUGUAGCUUGUGCGACUGCAGUUCAUGUAAAUGCAGCACCUUCUGCAAUUGCAGUUCGGGUAAAUGCAACUUGUGUGACUGCAGUUCAUGUAAGUGCAGCUCAUGCGACUGCUGUUCGUGCUCAAGCUGCUGCACAAUCCCGAAAUCACGAUGUACGUGCAGCUCAUGCGACUGCUGUUUGUGUUCAAGCUGCUGCACAAUCCCAAAAUCACGAUGUAAGUGCAGCUCAUGCGACUUCUGUUCGUGUUCAAGCUGCUGCACAAUCCCGAAAUGGCAAUGUAAGUGCUGCUCAUGCAGCUGCUGUUCAUGUUCGAGCUGUUGCACGAUCCCGAAAUGGCAAUGCUUCUCGUGUCCUAAAUCCAGUUGCUGCAGAAAGGUCUCAUGCAGCAGCCAAAACUGCGGCAUUUUUUAAUUCCCUUCCUGCACAGAUUAUUUUUGCUGCAGAUGCAAAUGUUGUCCUAAAUGUCCAAAGGUAACCCUUUGCUGCAACUGUACAAAAAUCUGCUGUAAUCCUUGCUGCCUGUUAUUCUAAUAUAUUUCUGCAUUU